AUGAUGUCAGAUGUUGCUAAAGACAGAACGGCCCAUUCAGUGAAGAAAAAGGGGAGUGUGUCUCCUAUAAGUUGUCAUGAAUUCAGACGGAGGGAACUUCAUGGGCGCAUCAAAGACUGUUUGAGUACCGUGUCUUAUAUGGAUGAACCUAGCCUGCGCGAUGAUGCCUCUCGCCGUACAGUACAAAUGGAAAACACCUAUCAGCUAGGUCCUACCAAACAUUUUCCUGUGUUCAUUGUCAAUCAUAUUCUGAAAGAUGUGUUAACUAGCUAUCUACAAGAAGAACAAUAUGAACCAGAGCUCUGCAGACAGAUGACUAAAACAAUUUCUGAGGUUAUUAAAGCCCAGGUCAAGGACCUGAUGAUUCCACGGUAUAAGCUAAUUGUGAUUGUUCACAUUGGACAACUGAAUAGUCAGAGCAUACUUAUUGGAAGUAGAUGCCUCUGGAAUCCCAAAAGUGAUACAUUUUCAUCUUAUGUUUUCAGAAAUUCUUCCCUCUUUGCUCUUGCAAAUGUCUAUGCAGUUUACUUUGAGUGAUUGAAAAUGAGAAAUCUAGUACUUACUGUUUUUAAAUCAAGAAAUAGGCUGUAUCUAUGUACACAAAAGUUUUAUUGCCUAAAACCUUGAGAAGGAAACAUCAGUAUUCAAACAACUGGAAGUUGGGGGCCUUUUUCAUACUCUUGUAAAGAUUGAGGGAGGGAAGGGU